AUGAACUAGUGACUCCAUGGAAACCGGCGACUGGCGUUCAACCUAGCUAGUUGCUAGUUAGCUAGCAAGGAGCGAGUGGACAUUCCUGUGAACCGUUUUUAUCUAUGUCUGCGGAGAUGAGUCGCACGCCGGAUGCGAGAGUCAGAGAUAACCAGACGAGGAAGAUCCAGGAGAACAUAACCAAAGUGGAGAAACACUUUGGGGAUAUGUGCCAACUGUUUGCUGCCUAUGCACGCAAAACAGCCAGGCUGCGAGACAAAGCAGACCUUCUUGUCCGGGAAAUUGGCUUGUACGCCGACACGGAGACGCCAGACCUAAAGAGGGGGAUGAAGCAGUUUGCAGAGCACCUUGCCAAGAUUCAAGACUACCGCCAAGCGGAGGUGGAAAGACUUGAGGCCAGAGUCAUAGAGCCAUUAAAAAGCUAUGGAGCUGUGGUGAAACGUAAAAGGGAGGAUCUGAAGGCAACACAGAGCGCCCGAGACAGAGAAGCCAAACAGAUGGCUCAACUCGAGAAGACCAGACUUAGAAACCCUUCAGACAGACAAAUCAUUUCUCAGGCUGAAACUGAGCUUCAAAGAGCAACCAUGGAUGCCACACGAACCACCAAGCAGCUGGAGGAAACCAUAGAUGAGUUUGAGCGACAGAAGAUCCAGGACAUAAAGAAAGUCUUUGGUGAAUUUGUGACAGUGGAAAUGUCUUUCCAUGCCAAGGCUCUGGAGAUCUACACUGUGGCAUUCCAAAGUAUCCAAAGUGUGGAUGAGGACGCAGACCUGGAGGUGUUCAGGAAUUGUCUGCACCCCCCUGAUUUCCAGUCCCGCUUAGACAUAGUGCGAGCCAAUUCCAAGACGUCCCUUGAUCACACCGGGUCUUUCCUGAGUACAUCAGGUACCUUACAGCAACAAAGAGCUUCCAGCCGCCAGACGAGAAGAGGGGAGGAGGAGGAUGAAGAAGAGGACGAGGAUGAAUCUGAGGAGGAGGAGGAGGAUGGUGAUGAGGAUGAAGACGAGGACUCAGACGACAAACGCUAACCUCGUUAAACCCUUUGUGCUUGUCAGUGGAGGAAAAAAAGAAUAACAAAAUACAGAUUAACUGUUUUAAAAGCAAAAUUGAGUUUCUUCCAGAUGAACUUGCCCAGGUGGAAAAACGUUUUCAUUGUCAUGUUUUGUAGAAGACACCUUUAUGUUGUGCUGUUUGUUUUUCAGCAAGCCAUUCUUUUGAGUUAUAUAUUUUUUUAUAUCUCACAUUCUCUAAAUGUAUUUGUAUGAUUGGUCAUGUUCCAGUGAAACGGUACUCUGUCUAAUAAAAGAAUAAAAGUACCCGGCAUGCUCUCACCCAGGUUUUCGAUUUCGAAAAGCCCAGCAGAGCUUGAUUGUUAUUUUAGAAACUGUCGGGUGUGUGAAUCAGUCCAAGUGACAGUAGUUAUGUGAUGACAGCAGUUAAAAGUGACUCAUCUCUACCACGGACAUGCAAAAAUGGAACAAAUGGGAGUCGGAAACUUUUCGCGGCAUACCGUUUGUAUUCGUGUGGAUGAAUACGGACGAAUGCGUAGCAUAAAUCAAGCCCCAUGUCCAUGCAUGUUACACUUGACAAAAGCCCCUCUUGUGUGUUCAGGAUGCUGUGUGUUGUCUUGUCACGGUAGAGGCUCCAACCACAGUGUCCGCUGAUGGCUCCUGUCUGUCUUGGAUGAGUCACUCUACACAAUUUAUAGUUCGCAGCUGGCCGUGUCAUAAUGAAUUCUCUUCUGCCUCCGGUGCUCUAUGCACAUUUGUUAAAGAAAUGCUAAAUAUAUGAAAAUUUGCAGUCUUUUGAACCUAAAUUUUAUCCAUACGCAAUAAACACGAGGGACACCGUAA